AUGUUAGAACCUGAAGGCUGCAUGAUUGGUUAUCCUCAACAAAAUAAUAAUACUGAUUUUAAUUAUCUCAAUAAUUUAUUCAGAUUAGAUUGUGAAGCAGCAGAUGAAUUAUGUAUUCGGCAUUCACUUGUCAAUUUGAUGGCUAUGAUCAUAAAAGGAGGCGUGAAAAGUUUUCUUUGGACAUUCGCAUUUGAACCAUUGUCAAUUGAGGGUACAUUUGGUUUCGGAUCUACAUGCCAGUCCGUUGUUGAAAGAUCUUCUGUUCACUACGAUUGUGGCUGUAUCAUCACUGAGGAUGGUGAGCUUGUUCAGUAUACAAACAAUGAACCAAACAGCCAAUUAAAUGUUCCAGCAAUAUAUGCCGUUUAUUUUUCAACAUUUGGUGCAAUGGCUUGGCAUCUACUAUUGUUUAAUGAAUCUGUUCGAAAUCUGCACGGUCCUAUUUUAUCACCAAGUGCUAUUGCAGAUAAUACACCUACUGGUCAAAUGGGUAGGAACAGUCUUCGUGCAAAAGUUUGCCAUUUUGUUCGUGCUCGUUUAUUUUCAGUCUUCAAUUUUCUAGCGAUUCGUUCUAAUCAAGACGAUGCUUGUAUUUUACUCAAUUGUUGUUUCGAGCGUAUGGCAUAUCUUACAGUGGAUCAAAGAAAUUCAUGGAUAAAAUCCAUCUAUCAAGAUUUUGAAUCUAAGUUAAAUGCAGAAAAGAAUUAUCAAAAUGAAGUAUUUUAUCCUAUCUAUCAACAAUUGGUUGAGUAUAAAACAUAUGCUAAUCAAUUACAAUUACAAUCGCAAAUUCAAUUCGAUUUACAGCGAUAUACUUCUCAGAUGCCAGUUACUGUUCAAACAAUACAUUUCAAAACGGAAAUGUACAAUCCAAAAAAUGCUCAUCUAUCUUUACGAGUCUUACAACAAUUUAUAGAUUCAACUGAAUUUCUCAGCAUGACGAAACAUAUUUAUGAACUUAGUCAAUUCUAUCUUCUGCUUCAUCAAACAUAUGCACAAUUAAUCGAACGUGAAAAGAUUUGGAACAUUACAUUAAAAGAAUUACAUGAUCGAGCUAAAGAACAUUUGAGUAAUUUCACCUGUUGGCAUCGUCGAAAUGAAGCAAAAAUCAUAUGGAUAUUAUUAUGCAAGAAAAUGAUACUUCCAUAA